UCCUACUUUUCACGGUCCUAUUGCUGGUGCUGAGGAUAUAUCAAGCUAGCUAGCUACCGGUCGCUUUGCUCACAACAAGCUGUCUUAUUUAGACUUUAUGCCUUCCACUGAAGUUUAACAAGUGAAGUGGUUAUCUGGAAAUACCAGGGACAAUAACAUUACGGUCGUUCAUCCUGUUACUUUGGCCUGAGGGGGAAAACAGUCGACUGAGACAGAUCCGGGAACGCCCUUAGGAAAAAAAGCCGCUUGUCAUUUAGUGAGUAACGUUAGGCAGUACAGUACUCACAAGGCAGGCAAGACGUUUGAGAAGUCUGGAUGUUUCCUCGGACUGAGUAAGCUUAUGCAGCAGCUAAAUUUGUCAUUGUAAUCCGAUAAAGAGCAUUAGCAAGCUAAGGUUGAUUUCAGACUGUGACAGAAGAGUAAAUGUGCAUUAUCAUCGGUGAAGCGAGGUAACUAACGUUAGAUUUGUCUGUACGCGAACAGGUCUCUUGCAAAAAUGAUGCACAUUUCGGAUUCGUACAAUCAAAAGAAUUCAUUGUUCAAUGCCAUGAACCGAUUUAUUGGUGCCGUAAACAACAUGGAUCAGACAGUGAUGGUUCCUAGUCUGCUAAGAGACGUGCCUCUAGACGAGGAAGAAGAAGUGAAAACGAUAUCACCGAUUAUGACCGCCAGCAAUGGGUCAGCCACCUAUUUCCAGGACGGGGACAUGUACAAUUACUAUGUGCUAUUGAAAUCGAUCAGGAAUGACAUCGAAUGGGGGGUCCUGCAAGCCGACGACAGGCGGACAGAGAAAAUGGGGGUGACCGCGUUGGACAUAUCCAGAAUAGAAUCCGAUGAUGAUGACUUGGAGAAACAAUUUCAUUAUCAUUUGACCGGGCUACACACGGUUCUGUCCAAGCUUACCCGGAAAGCAAACACCCUCACGAACAGGUACAAUCAGGAGAUUGGAAUAAGGGGCUGUGGACUCUGACUACUAGAAAGUUGACAGUGUGUCGGACGAUAACAUCAAAAGUCAUUGGUGAACAGUGGAAUGGGGGGGCUGUCCUAGUGAUAUCGUUUGCAUUUAUUCCCACAGUGGGAAGAAAGACAUGUAACUUACUAAACGUGUUUCAUAUGCAUUGUUAAAAUUUUUCCAUCUACUGUUUGAAUUAUUGUUUGCACUAGGUUCUGUGUACUAAUGGCUUGCUGUAUGGAUGGUAUAUCCACACAUUUUUAUUUAAGAGAUAUGCAAUGUACAUUAAUUUAAAACCAGUGUUUUUGAGCUUUAACUUUUUUUGAUGUGGCAACAUUGCAUAAGGCCUACUAACUUAGUGAUAUAAUAUGUUAUGGUUGCAAUGAGUCAUUGCCAUUCCAUUACCUAAAUCAUAUGCUUGAUAAUCUAUGAACUGGAAUCAAAUGAUAAUUCUUUUGAAAUUGAGAGAUUCCAAGAGAUUAACACCAACUGUAAACCUGUCUUAUUUAAGCACCAUAUUAUUUUUUCGAUUGAAAUGAUGGUUCAGCAAUUAAACAUCUGAUUAUUGUUA